AACAACUUGAGGAGGAUAAAUUGCACAGUAACGGAGGGAGCCAGGCGAAACAGGACUGGUCCAUCCAGUGGCCCACCUCUGAAUCUGGAAAAGAAAACACUCCGGUGUGCCAGCCAGAGGCCAGUCAGUGGAUUCGUUUCCAGCUCUCCCAAAGCCCCAAAGUCCAGUCCAAGUACAACCAGCACAUGUGCCACAGCCCCCAGGCCCUGGCUCCCCCUUUGUACGCCGAUCGGCUCACCGUCGACAGCCCCUCCACCGGCCUCUUCCCUCCCCUAGACUCUGGUCACCGCUCCCUGCCCCCGUCACCCCGCCAGAGGCAUUUUGGCCACACGCCUCCUCGGACUCCCUUGGUGGUCAACACCAUGACCCCGCCCGGCACUCCCCCCAUGAGGCGAAGAAACAAAGUGAAGGCCCCGGGAACGCCGCCUCCGCCGAGCCGCAAGCUCAUCCACCUGCUGCCGGGCUUCACCGCACUGCACCGCAGCAAAUCCCACGAGUUCCAGCUGGGGAACCGCUUGGAGGACACGCAGACACCAAAAGCCAAGAAGAAGACCAAGCCCUUGAACCUUAAGAUCCACAGCAGCGUGGGCAGCUGUGAGAAUCUGCCCACGCAGCGCUCACCCCUCCACAAUGAACGUUCUCUGCGAUCCUUCUUCUUUCCCUCCUUCAUCCCUUCGACACCUCCCGUCCAUGCCGAAACACCCUCUGCAAACACUCUCUCAGUGCCUCGCUGGUCCCCACAGAUUCCCCGAAGAGAUCUGGGAAACUCAAUAAAACACAGGUUUUCCACAAAGUAUUGGAUGUCCCAGACAUGCAUAGUAUGUGGAAAGGGAAUGUUGUUUGGACUGAAAUGUAAAAACUGCAAGCUGAAGUGCCACAACAAAUGCACCAAAGAAGCCCCACCUUGCCAUUUACUGAUCAUACAGCGAGGCGGACGAGAAUCCCUCAAAGAUCACCAAGGAACGACUCAAGUAGCUCGUCUGGUACGGACUGAAUCAGUGCCAUGUGACAUCAACAACCCGCUCAGGUACACAGACCUGCACAUCAGUCAGACGCUCCCCAAAACCAACAAAAUCAACAAGGAUCACAUCCCAGUCCCAUACCAACCAGACUCCAGCAGCAACCCGUCAUCCACCACCUCCUCCACCCCGUCCUCCCCGGCUCCUCCUUUGCCCAGCAGUGCCACGCCUCCGUCGCCACUACACCCCUCCCCGCAGUCAGCACGGCAACAGAAACAGUUCAACUUGACAGCCUCCAGUUAUUUCAAAUACAAACAACAGUUCAUCUUCCCUG